GAAGAGGGAGGGAGGAAGAGAGGGAGGGAGGCAAGGAGGGAGGCAGGCAGAGAGAGAGAGAGAGAGAGAGAGAGAGAGAGGCCAAGAGCAGUCAGGACAAAGCUGAGCUAAGAGAGGCCCCCAGCAGCCUUGCCCUCUAACGUGAUAUUUACCAGACUUGGCCAGCAUGGUUGUUCUGAAUCCAAUGACUCUGGGAAUUUAUCUCCAACUCUUCUUCCGCUCCAUCGCUUCGCAGCCGACUUUCAUCAACAGCGUGGUCCCAAUCUCAGCAGUUUUCUCUGAACAGCCCUUCCUGGCCUGGAUCAGAAGAAGCGGGGCAGCCACAAAGCAUGCUGCCUUCCGAUGCCCCCACCACCCCCGCUGUUCCCGCCGCCAUUCUCCGGAGGCAGCCGCAGCCCGCUUCUCUCCCCAGACAUGAAGAAUCUUCUGGAACUAGAGGCUUCACCAUCCCCCUGCAUUCAAGGCUCCCUCGGCUCUCCUGGCCCCCCCGGGCCCCAGGGUCCACCUGGACUUCCUGGCAAGACAGGACCAAAGGGAGAAAAGGGGGAUCUUGGCCGCCCAGGAAGGAAGGGCAGACCCGGACCCCCAGGUGUUCCUGGCACGCCCGGGCCCAUUGGCUGGCCAGGCCCCGAAGGUCCCAGGGGUGAAAAGGGUGACCUGGGUAUGAUGGGCUUGCCAGGGUCAAGAGGACCGAUGGGCUCUAAGGGCUUCCCUGGAUCCAGAGGGGAAAAGGGAUCCAGAGGUGAAAGGGGUGACUUGGGUCCCAAAGGAGAAAAGGGUUUCCCUGGAUUUCCUGGAAUGCUGGGGCAGAAAGGUGAAAUGGGUCCAAAGGGAGAACCUGGGCUAGCAGGAAAUCGAGGCCCCACAGGAAGACCAGGAAAACGAGGCAAGCAGGGUCAGAAGGGAGACAGUGGAGUUAUGGGCCCACCAGGCAAGCCCGGGCCUUCUGGUCCACCUGGACUUCAAGGUCCUCCAGGGCCGCCAGGACCCCCAUCUGCAGGACAACUUGUAACGGGACUCAAAGGGGAAAGAGGAUUCCCAGGGCCUCCGGGAAGAUGCCUUUGCGGACCUCCUGGGAAUGUGAAUAACCCCUCCUAUGGGGACUCCAUGUAUGGGCCCGGCUCCCCUCGAGUUCCUGCGAUUUUUGUGGUCAACAACCAGGAGGAGCUUGAGAAGCUGAACACCCAGAAUGCCAUUGCCUUUCGCAGAGACCAGCGAUCUUUGUACUUCAAAGACAGCCUUGGCUGGCUCCCCAUCCAGCUAACCCCCUUCUACCCUGUGGGUUACACCGUAAGGCAGCGUGGCACCUGUGGGGAUGGGGUCCUGCAGCCUGGGGAGGAGUGUGACGAUGGUAAUCACGAUGUGGGUGACGGCUGCAUUGACUGUCACCGGGCCUACUGUGGAGACGGUUACCGGCACCAGGGCGUGGAAGACUGUGACGGCUCUGACUUUGGCUACCUGACAUGCGAGACCUAUCUCCCUGGAUCAUAUGGAGACCUUCGGUGCACCCAGUACUGCUACAUCGACUCCACACCCUGCCGCUACUUCACGUGAGAGGCUCAGGGAACCGGCGGGCCGCAGCCCCUGUCACUGGCGGCUGUUUCUCUGCCCUUCACAUCAAGCUGGCCUGGCCCUCUCCUGGGACAGUGCCCACUGACCUUCAUGAGACAAAACAAGGAUACAUUCUUGCUGCUAAGACGUGCUCUGGGCUCAGUCUGACUGGAGGAGUUUUGGACCACUGCAUCCUGUCUUAAUCAAAAGAACCAGAAACCCUCUACACGCCCACCCCCACCCCACCACCAUCUGGCUAAACAGCUGGCUGUAACGCCUUAUCUCUUCUGAAAAGAUGCUGGCUCAGGCCACAUGUGGACUUGGCUUAGCACUGUUAGACAUACAGGAAUCUGCGGCCCCGGCGCGGUUUGUUCUGGUCUCACUUGGGUUGAGGAGCGCUGGUGUGUAGGCUUCCGCACCGCCACGCACAGCUGUUCUGACCCCAGGCAGCCAGCUGUUGUGUCUCUCACGAUUUAAGAGCCACAAAACAGGAGGUGAGCAUAUUCUCGUGGUGCAGCUCCCAGCUUCAGACGUGCUGAGGGCCCCUUCAGCUGGCCAGAACCUGCGUCAGCCUCGUGUGAACAAGGUCCAGGCUUACUCCCAGGAAAAAGGUGGACACUCAGCUGAGGCACUUGCCACAUGAACCCUAUCAGAACAGAAGCCUCCCUCCUCUUGAAGUUCUCCAAGGGACAGUGGCUAUAGCUUCAAAUCCCAGGCACCAUCUUGGCCUUGUGGUUCUCUCUGCAUCUUGACCUCUGUCUUGACAGUGCCCUUCACAACGAUGUCCUGUGUGGGAGGCUGACUCCACACGCCCUGUCCAGGACAGGCGCUGGUGUUUCCUCAUGCUGGCUCCCCGGGUUUGGGGUUCCACUGCUGAGUCCUUGCUGCCUGCUGGAGAGGCCCUGCGACCCUCCUCCAGGCCUGCCAUCCUGUACACCCCUGUAUGUUGUGUUGUCUUUCCUUAUCCCCGCUGUGUGCCCAACCUCUUCCUUUCCCCAGGAUUCCUUUUUCCUUAAGUCUGCAUAUCUUGAGAACUGUCUUUCCCAUAUUUCCUCGAGUGGGUUUGGCUCCAUUUUGGAAAAAACCUUUUGCCCACCUCCCCAAUCCACACAUCUACCUUGUCGUCACAUAGGCUGCCCUUGGGCUGUUACACGAAACUCUUCAGUGAGCCGAAAAUCUUGGGAACUCAGCAAGUCCGAACUGUGAACUGUAGUUGCUGAGGGAAAUCAGCAGGCGGCUGUCUUCGCAGGCAGGCAUCUAUGUCAUUUCCAUUACUGUCUGGGGCUUCUGGGUGGACGAGCAAGGAAUAAAGGUGAUUCCUGGCUGUGGCCUGCUCUCCCUCAGGUGCUGGGGCCACAGUGCUUAUUGGUCCCAGA